CCUUCCAAAUCCCCCAUCUACUGCAGACCCCAUUCAUUCUAUGCAAUCUACAGAACGGCGUUUCCUCAGCAUGUAGUCAAUCUGGGGUACACUUUUGAUCUGUGGGCAUCAUCAUCAUCUCCAGGCAUCACAAUAAGCUGGGGACUCCAUGGGAAACCUCCGAAGCAAGACCAGCAGAGUCUACGUAGCGCCCCACUCGUACCAGAUCGCACGCUUAUUUAUUUUAUUUCUGGGUUUUCUUUUCUGUCAAAAAGGCAGAACGCUAAAUUGUCCAACAUCCUCAAAGCAUGCUGUUCGGUCGAAUUACCGAUUUCCCUCCAAAUCGUGUCUAGUUCACCAAAGCCGGUCGCUUCCUUACAUACGAGGGUUCAAUGGAAUCAGCUGUGUAGAUUAGACUACGUGCAGCGCAGGUGUCUAGGUUAGUCCAGGUGGUGUAAUUCUUUUCUUUUUUGUGUUGUCUUCGUGCCUUGGAGUGAUCAAAGGUGCAGGUCAGGGGCAGAGGGUGGACUUGCAUCAUUGUCGAUCAGAUCAGUCUAGACAACAUGUAAUUUGUAUUACCGCGAGACUCGGUGUAUGCUACACAAUACACGUACAUGGCAGCACCCCCACGAGAGGGAGAGGGGGGGAGCAAUGACUACAGGAGUCAACAGGGCAAAUGUGCGCAUGGAAAGGAGCGAGGGCGAAUGUUGAGCAAAGGCAGGGUCACAGGCACACAAACACGCUGCCAACUUUGUGGUCACCCAUUAAUUCUUAUCAUUAGACCUUCUGAGCAAUUCAGC